AAUUAGUGUACUGGAGUCUGGCUGAACUUUUGUAAACGAACACCCUUUGACUUCCUAGGACUUUUCUAUGAAGAUGGCUUCACUCUUCAAGGACUUCAUGACUACCUAUAACCGGACCUAUGAAUCAAGGGAAGAAGCCCAGUGGCGAUUGACUGUCUUCGCCAGGAAUAUGAUACGAGCACAGAAGAUUCAGGCCCUGGACCGUGGCACAGCUCAGUACGGGAUCACAAAAUUCAGCGACCUCACAGAGGAGGAAUUCCACACCAUCUACCUGAAUCCCCUCUUACAAAAAGAGUCUGGCAGGAAGAUGAGUCUAGCUAAGUCCAUAAAUGAUCUCGCCCCACCUGAAUGGGACUGGAGGAAGAAAGGGGCUGUCACUGAAGUGAAGGACCAGGGCAUGUGUGGCUCCUGCUGGGCCUUCUCUGUCACAGGCAAUGUGGAGGGCCAGUGGUUCCUGAACCGAGGGAAUCUGCUCUCCCUAUCAGAGCAGGAGCUCUUGGACUGUGACAAGAUGGACAAGGCCUGCUUGGGUGGAUUGCCCUCCAACGCCUACACAGCCAUAAAGAAUUUGGGAGGGCUGGAGACAGAGAAUGACUACGGCUACCAGGGCCACGUUCAGGCCUGUAACUUCUCAGCACAGAUGGCAAAAGUCUACAUCAACGAUUCAGUGGAGCUGAGCCGGAAUGAGAAUAAGAUAGCAGCCUGGCUGGCCCAGAAAGGACCCAUCUCAGUUGCCAUCAAUGCCUUCGGCAUGCAGUUCUAUCGCCAUGGGAUUGCUCACCCACUCCGGCCCCUCUGCAGCCCUUGGUUCAUCGACCAUGCUGUGUUGCUGGUGGGCUAUGGCAACCGCUCUAAUGUUCCUUACUGGGCCAUCAAGAACAGCUGGGGAAGUGAGUGGGGUGAGGAGGGUUACUACUACUUGUACCGUGGGUCUGGGGCUUGUGGCGUGAAUACCAUGGCCAGCUCGGCAGUGGUGAACUGAGAAACUUGGUGGCACAGGACCUAAGUCAGUGGCCCCUGACUUAGCCUGACUCAUUCCCGGGCCCCUCCACAGGAGACAGAGCUAGCUGAGGAACAGGCCCUUUGUACCUCAGGGUGAGCAGUGGGCCCUGGGCCCCUUCUUUUCUCCUUCCUCUCAUGGUCACCUGAAGUUCCCCAGUUGUAUCUUUGUUGAAUUGUGGUAGCCAGGAGGAUUCUGAGGUGCAGGAGACUUUCAUGGAAGCCAAUGCUGGAGCAAGAACCCUGGGCUACAGUAAGAUGCAGGAUGAAAAUAUGCUUGUCAUAAAAUUAGAACUGUCCUCAGCAGGCUCUGUCUUUUCUGCUUUGAUGUUCCUCAGUCUGAUGCUGUAAAUUUUCUGGUCCUCUUCCAUAUCCAGGAAAGUUCUAACUAGUCUUAUCUAAGAGAAAUAAAGAGGUAGUCUGCUCCCUU